CCUGCCUGCGCGAUUACUCGCGAGUGAGGCAACCCAAAUUCACUGCUCCUCCCAAAAUCCAGAGCUCGCCCACUGCCUUGAUUUUCAGGAGGAAUUGGUCCAGCUGUAGUCAGAACACGCGGAGUAUAUCACCCUCCCUCCCCGACUCCUCAUCACAUCGCCUCGCCCCCAAAAGCUAUGGCCCUGCGCCCUCCCUGUCCAGGUCUCCGAGUGUAACGAGGCCAUCGUCGGCGCGCGAGAACGAGAGCCCCACCCAGUACAGCGCGUGCAGCUGCUUACCACCAGCCAGCUCGCGCGCGGCUCGGGAACUAGCUACGAAGGAUGGCGCACGAUCCGAGCCUAGCGUACGCGGACUACUUCGCGGCGGGAGGCGGCGUGGGCACGCUGGUCCCGGAGGUGGACGCGGGGGAGGACGACGGCCACCUGUACGGCGGCGUGCACGCGCACCACCACGGGCUCGACAUGUUCGGGGCCGCCAGGGGCCUCGUGCCGGGCGCGAUGGCGGUGGCCGCCGCCUCCGCGGCGCACGGCAAGGCGGCGGACGCGCUCGGUGACUUCGCCGGCCUCAGCGAGCACCACCACCACCGCCUCGGGGGCCACGGACAGGCGCCCCUGACGUCGCUGUCGCUGCACGGGCCCGCCGAGGCCGCGUCGAUGGCGCUGCACCACCACCAGCUCGGCGGGGCGCUCAGGCAGCAGCACCAGGCGGCGGCGUGGCCGCCAUCGCAGCAGCAGGGCGCGUGGCACCUGCGUGGCUCCAGGUUCCUGCGCCCGACGCAGCAGCUCCUGCAGGAGUUCUGCGGCCUCCCCGUGGAGACCGCCGGCACGGCCACCGCUCCCAAGCCACCGACGACGAAGCCGGCGAGCGAGGACGGCGCCGGGGAGGGAUCAUCGGCCCCGGCACCGUCGGCGCAGAUCCAGGCCAAGGACGCCGCCGAGCUGCAGCGGCUCAAGGCCAAGCUCUACGCCAUGCUCCAGGAGGUGGAGAGGAGGUACCGGAGGUACCGCGAGCAGAUGAGGGCGGUGGCGGGGUCCUUCGAGGCGGUGGCCGGGGAGCGGGCGGCGGCGGCGUACACGAGGCUGGCGUCACGGACGAUAUCCAAGCACUUCCGGAGCCUCAGAGACGGGGUGGCGGCGCAGAUGCAGGCGGUGCGCCGCGCGCUCGGCGAGAAGGACGCGGACGGCGGCGUGCCGUCGGCCGGGAUGGCCAAGGGGGAGACGACGCCCAGGCUGCGGGUGCUCGACCAGUGCCUCAGGCAGCACAGGGAGUACCAGGCCGGCGUGCUCGAGAGCCAGCCGUGGAGACCGCAGCGGGGGCUGCCGGAGCGCGCCGUCUCCAUCCUCCGGGCCUGGCUAUUCGAACACUUCCUGCAUCCGUAUCCAAGCGACGUGGAUAAGCACAUCCUGGCGCGUCAGACGGGCCUAUCACGCAGCCAAGUCUCCAACUGGUUCAUCAACGCGAGGGUGAGGCUGUGGAAGCCCAUGGUAGAGGAGAUGUACGCGGAGGAGAUGAAGGACCCGCAGCAGGAGGGCGGCGCCUGCAGUAACGCGAACAGCAACGCUAAUAACCCUAGCAGCUACAGCGCCUCAGAACUAGGGCAGGGCCGCGGCGGCGCCAGUGGGGAGGACGGCGCCGAGAGGAAGCCGACGCGGGCGCAGCUGGUCCACGACGCCGGGUCCCUGGCCUCCGUCGUGAGCAUCGGGAGCAGCAGCAGGGACCCGCAGAACAUCAACUUUGGCAUGAUGGACGGCCACCUCGACUUCGGCGCGUACAACGACGACCACGCCACGGGGACCGGGCACGGCUUCGGCGGCGGCGUGUCCCUGACGCUCGGGCUGCAGCAGCACGCCGGCGACGACCCGCACGGUGGCGUGAACGUCGCGUUCGCGGCGGCCCCGUCCGCGGCGCACGAGUUCCUGUUCAUGGCGGGCGGCGAGCAUCAGCAGCAGAUGGUCGCGGCUGGCAGCGUCCACGGUCACCAUCAGGGCCAGUUCGGCGCCGGAAUGGAAGGCGACGCCGCCUCGCACUACCACCGGGGCCUCAGCGCCGCCACUGGAUUCCAGCUCCUCCACGACCUGGCUGGCUGAACGCGUUGGCAUCACGGGGGACGGACGGACGGACCGGCGCGAUCAUCAGAGCGGAGUGCUUUAAUUUGCUUUGGAGGUUCAUGCGAUGUUUGACGGGGAUGUGCCAACGGCAGCAGCUAGCGGAUGGCAUUGGGCAUUGGCAUGGGCGCACGCGCAUGGUGCGCGCAGCUUGUGCGCCUCUUGUGUAGGGCGCUUUGGAUUUUUGUAGGGUUUAGAUUCCUCUCCCUUCAAUUCUUGGCAGGGCGUCUCUGUCUGUCUAUAUGUGUGUAUCAGUUUCAGCGAUUGCCAUUGACAUUGUUUGCUGCGGACACCUUGCUCCGCGGACUUACUGUUGCACGCUCGCGCGAACACACCACGCUUUUCUGACACUUUGGGCGUUGCUUUGCGGUCGUCCAUCGAUUUUCUUCCUUUUCGGUAAUGGGCAAAUUCACUGUGCUUUUGUUA